ACUGGGACAGGAUUCAGGACUCCCAGGAGAGGGAGUGCUCAAGCCAGCACUGGGACCCCAGACUGAAGAGGGAUUCUGGCCCCUCAUGCCCACAGGCUUGGGGCUGAGUGGGAGCAGAGGUACGGUGUCUGCCCCCCCCUUUGGGGGGGGCAGGACAGGGCCUUGGGCCUUGGUGUCUCCUGGUACCUGGAAGAUGCCUGUGCCUUGGUUCCUGUUGUCCUUGGCACUGGGCCGAAGCCCCAUGGUCCUCUCUUUGGAGAAGCUUAUGGGGCCUCAGGACACUGCCCGCUGCUCUCCAGGCCUUUCCUGCCACCUCUGGGAUGGUGACGUGCUCUGCCUGCCUGGGAGCAUCGUGUCUGCCCCGGGCCCUGUGUUGGUGCCCACACGCCUGCAGACAGAGCUGGUGCUGAGGUGCCACCAGGAGACUGACUGUGACCUCUGCGUGCGUGUGGCCAUCCACUUGGCUGUGCAUGGGCACUGGGAAGAGCCUAAAGAUGAGGACAAGUUUGGAAUAGCAGCUGAUCCAGAGCUUGAGGAGCCUAGGAACGCCAUUCUCCAGGCCCAAGUGGUGCUCUCCUUCCAGGCCUACCCCACUGCCCGCUGCGUCCUGCUGGAGGUGCAAGGGCGUGCUGCCCUCGCGCGGCCUGGUCAGUCUGUGGGCUCUGUAGUAUUUGACUGCUUCGAGGCUGCUCUGGGGGCUGAGGUGCGACUCUGGUCCUACACUCAGCCCAGGUACCAGAAGGAACUCAACCUCACACAACAGUUGCCUGACUGCAAGGGGCUUGAAGUCCGGGACAGCAUCCAGAGCUGCUGGGCCCUGCCCUGGCUCAGUGUGUCUGCUGAUGGCGAUGAUGUGCACCUGGUGUUGGACGUCUCUGAGGAGCAGCACUUUGGCCUCUCCCUGUACUGGAACCACAUCCAGGGCCCUACAAAACCCUGGUGGCACAGCAACCUGACCGGGCCACAGAACAUUACUUUGAACCACACAGACCUGUUUCCCUGCCUUUGUAUUCAGGUGUGGCCUCUAGAGCCCGACUCUGUCAGGACGAGCCUCUGCCCCUUUAGGGAGGAUCCCCGGGCACAAGGGAACCUCUGGCGUGCAGCCCGGCUGAGGCUACUGCCCCCCCGGGGCUGGCAGCUAAAUGCACCCUGUUCGCUGCUUGCUGAGGCCACUCUGUGUUGGCAGGCACCAGGUGGGGGACCCUGUCAGUCGCUGGUCCCGCCACUGUCCCGAGCAAAUGUCACUGUAAACAAAACACUUGAGUUGCCAUUGCUGAAUGCCCACCCCAACCUCUGUGUCCAGGUGAGCAGCUGGGAGAAGCUGCAGCUACAGGAGUGUUUGUGGGCUGACUCCCUUGGGGCCCUCAAGGAUGAUAUGCUGCUGGUAGAGACACGAGGCCCCCAGGACAACAGAUCACUCUGUGCCUUGGAGCCCAGUGGCUGCACCCCACUACUCAGCAGGGCCUCCACGAGGGCAGCUCGCCUUGGAGAGCAGUUACUACAAGACCUGCAGUCAGGCCAGUGUCUGCAGCUGUGGGAAGAUGACCUGAGAGCUCUAUGGGCCUGCCCCAUGGACAAGUACGUUCACCAGCGCUGGGCCCUGGUGUGGCUGGCCUGCCUACUCUUGGCCUCUGUGCUUUUCCUUCUCUUCCUUUUCAAAAAGGACCACGUGAAAGCUGCCGCCAGGGCCCGCGCGGCUCUGCUCCUCUACUCCGCGGAGGACUCGGGCUUCGAGCGCUUGGUGGGCGCCCUGGCCUCGGCGCUGUGCCAGCUGCCGCUGCGGGUGGUCGUGGACCUCUGGAGCCGUCGUGAACUGAGUGCGCAGGGACCCCUGGCCUGGUUCCACGCGCAGCGGCGCCAGACCCUGCAGGACGGCGGCGUGGUGGUUCUUCUCUUCUCGCCCGGGGCCGUGGCGCUGUGCCACGAGUGGCUGCAGGACGGGGCGGCAGCGUCCGCCCCGCACGGCCCGCACGACGCCUUUGCCGCCUCGCUGAGCUGCGUGCUGCCCGACUUCCUGCAGGGCCGGGCACCCGGCCGCUAUGUGGGGGCCUACUUCGACGGACUGCUCCACUCGGAGGCCGUACCCGCCCUUUUCCGCAGCGUACCGGUCUUCUCCCUGCCCUCCCAGUUGCCCGACUUCCUGGGGACCCUGCAGGGGCCUGGCUCCCCCCGUCCCGGGAGACUCGGGGAGAGGGCGAAGCAAGUGUCCCGGGUCCUGCAGCCCUCCCUGGACCAGCUGCUUCAGGCUCCCGGAGCUCCCGGGGCUCCCGGGUAUCCUGGGGACUGCACGCGGGAUGGCACGUGA